AGGGGACGAGUGGGCGGAUCCGGAAGGGCCGGCCUCGGUCCUGGUGACCCGCUGACCCGUCCCCCUCCGAGCGAUGGGCGUGCAACCCCCCAACUUCUCCUGGGUGCUCCCGGGCCGGCUGGCGGGGCUGGCGCUGCCGCGGCUCCCCGCCCACUACCAGUUCCUGUCGGACCUGGGCGUGCGGCACCUGGUGUCCCUGACGGAGCGCGGGCCCCCACACAGCGACAGCUGCCCCGGCCUCACUCUGCACCGACUGCGCAUCCCAGACUUCUGCCCGCCGGCCCCCGACCAGAUCGACCGCUUCGUGCAGAUCGUGGACGAGGCCAACGCCCGGGGAGAGAUGUUACCCUCACUUCUUCCCUAUUGGAUCCCAUCCUGCCAUCACCACCACCACACUUUCAGCUUGAGACAUGGAAUGAAUGGCAUACACCAGCCAUUCAUGGAGGACUCUUUUUGCUAUAACGUAUUCCUGAUUCCCUCUCCCUUCUCCUGGGCUGAAUAAGGCUACUCAGGUGAGGACAUCUCCCAAAGAGAAGAAACCCACAAUGCCAGGCAUUCAGGCUGCAACUGAGGAAUGAGAGGACACACACGAAGAGAGGACUCACUGAAACCCUUACCCUCCUCUCACCAAAAGUUCCAUCCACCCUGCGCUCCCCCACCUGCCCUUCCCCCAACAGCAUGUCCACAUCUGGUUUUUGAUGCAAACCAGAGCAUCUUCUACAGGGGUGUAUGUGUGUGUGUGUGUUUUCCUGUGAGGGGAGUGGGGCGGGAAAGGGGGUGAAUGGCCCACUUCCUGGACCCCGUCCCUCCAUUCUGAGGGCUUACCAGGACGGGGAGGGAGAGGCGAGAGGCUUGAAGCUGCGCCUGAGUUUGUGUCUCCACUCAGAUCCUGACCUGCUAGGCAUACAACCAAUCCUAGCCCUUUAUGCUCCUCUGUUCCUAUUUCACUUUAUCCUCCCCACAUCCUUUGCACUGCAGGAGAAGAAUCUGCCCUUCCCUUUCUCCCAAGGCUCCUUCGAAGGAGACAAAAUUUUUCUAACCCCAUUAAAGCCAUCACCUUAAUUUAAGCAGAUCUCCUCUGCCUCAAGAGUUCCUUAGGGAAAUAAACAUAUAAUUAAGUGCUUAAGGAAAUCACGUUUUAAAUAAGUAAGAGUUGACUUGAAAUGAAAAACUCUGUCCUUAUUCUUCCUUCUACCUUCGGAGGUUAGCCUGAGGCUCCCUUUGGGCUCAUUCCUAUCCCCAUAUUUUUGCCUUCUCGUCACCCCCAUUUCUGUAUACGGCCAUCAAUGAGGGGAAAGAGACUAGCCAUGACCCCUCUCCUUUCUACACUGAGGUAGAUUAUCAGUGGGAGAAACAAGCCACUUCCAUCUAAAAAGAAUAUUUGCAUCAGACCAGGGUUUCUCAACCUCAGCACUAUUGACAUUUGGGGCUGGAUAAUUCUUUGCUGUGGGGACCAUCCUGUGCAUUGUAGGAUGUUUAGCAGCAUCCCUAGCUUGUCUCUACACAUUGCCAGGUGUCCCCUGGGAAAGCAAAAUCAGCCCAGUUGAGAACCACUGCAUCAGACCAAGCACCAGGUGCAUUUCCUGUGGGAGCAGAGGUGGAAACAUACUUGGGAAUUUCUCCUGUGAAUACACACAUCUUAACAGGGGAGAAGGGGCCAACUCAAACACUGUUACCUUUAAAAAUGCCAGUGUCUGGCAGCCAUCCCCAGUCCCUCAACCUUGUCACAGGCUGGUUUUCCAAGAUGGGGACAGACACCCCUAGCUUUGUAUAUUCAGGAAGGUUUUAUUCUCCAUGAGUUGCUAGUGGGCGUAGCUGCAAUAACAUCUACUCCCUCCCCCAUGGUUUUUAAAGUUUCAUUUGUGUUUAUUCUGUGGUAUGUGAUCAGAGUUCUCUACUGAACAGAAGCUUUCUGUCUAAAAGGCAUCUCUCCAUAUGUCUUGGGCUCUGGUUCCUCUCCCAGAAAAUUGUUUGGAUGCAGAAACAACUGGAGUCAGGAUGGAAGGACAACCAGCCACAUUUUUUUUUAAAACAGUUAAAGGUUUUUUAGGUUUUUUUUUAAGUUGUAACCUUAGACAAAAUUAUUUAAAGUCAAUAAAUUGUAUUCAAGGAA